UGUGGGAAGAGCUUCCGACGGAGUUCAGAUUUUAAUGUUCAUUGUAGAAUCCAUACAGGAGAGAAACCCUAUAAAUGUGAGAAAGCCUUCAGUCAGUCCUCAAGUCUUCAGGUGCAUCAGAGAGUCCACACGGAGAAACCGUAUCAGUGUGUGGUAUGUGGGAAGGGCUUCAGUGCAGGGUCACAACUUCAAGCCCACCAGAGGUCCCACACUGGAGAAAGACCCUAUCAAUGUGAGGAGUGUGGAAAAGGUUUCUGUCGGGCAUCCAAUUUUCUCGCUCACCGUGGAGUCCACACAGGAGAAAAACCAUUCCCAUGUGACCUGUGUGGAAAACGCUUCCGGCAGAGGUCCUACCUCCAAGCCCACCAGAGGGUCCACACUGGAGAGAAACCGUACAAGUGUGACGAGUGUGGGAAAGUCUUUAGCUGGAGCUCAUACCUUCAAGCCCACCAGAGGGUUCACACUGGAGAGAAACCUUUCAAGUGUGAGGCUUAUGGGAAAGGGUUCAGCUGGAGCUCCGGUCUCCUGGUUCACCAGCGAGCCCAUGCUAAGGAUGAAUGUGGUAAGGGCCUUUCUUCAUCUGAGGAUUCAUACAGGAAAUAAGCUCUACAAACUUCAUAUUUCAAGAGGAUGCUGAACUCUCUGAUC